UCCCAUGGUAAUAACAUGUAUUAGUUCGUACGAUUGUGAUUACCUGGCCAACAACCAUUCUGAAGCCGGAAAAUUGCGCGAUAGUUCUCAGUCGGGAAAGAUCUGGUCUAAGAGCAAGACCUGAGUUUGGAUACUUUAGAAAGACCAGUCGUGAUUACUUGAUCAACAUGAGGGCUUCCACGAUGGAGACGAUCGUACCUUGGUGAUGCUUUUGGUGGGUCUGCAUUCCAUCACAUUAUCCGAUGGUCGCAGAAAUCAUGCGGGAAGGAACGGAAAACUACUGUCCUUGUUCCAAAUCAUUAAUUUUCCCAAUGAGCCUUGCAUCGGAAAUGCGGGCAAAAACGGGACUUGCUAUACUCCGGAGGAAUGCACUACCAAAGGCGGGAGCGCCGCUGGAACCUGCGCUCAAGGCUAUGGAGUCUGCUGUUCAUUCACUGUCAAUUGCGGAGGCACGCGCUCGGAGAAUUGCACGUAUUUCGAAUCAUCCGGCAACGAGGCUGGUUCUUGUUUGGCCACUAUUUGUCCUUGCAGCGAUAACAUUUGCCAAUUGAGGCUCGACUUUGACCAAUUUAUCAUAUCCGGGCCUUCAACUUCGGUUGAUGNUCCUUCUAACUUCCGUAUUUGGUCAAGCUGUUGUGGAUGGUCAAGAGAGUACUUUGGCUGGCGCUUGCUUAACUGACUCGUUUUCCGUGUCAAGUCCAUCGGGAUGUGCACCACCCUCGAUUUGCGGCACGAACAGUGGAGAGCACAUGUAUGUGGACGCCUCGGAAGGUUGCAAUGACCUAAGAUUUAUCCUUGGAAACCAAGGCGUUGGCACCGGUAUUGCCAAUCGCCAAUGGAGCGUUAAGGUGACCCAAUAUGCAUGUGAUUUCAAGAAUCUGGCUCCAGAGGGAUGCACCCAAUAUUACUUUGGUUCGUCAACGGAUAUUAUCCAAACCUACAAUUUUGGAAAUGGACGACACUUGGCAGAUCAAAAUCAAAAUAUUUGCAUCAGACGAGAGCGCGGGAAUUGCAAGAUUUGUUACACUGCCAUUGAAGCCAUUGACGUGUCAGUUAGUGGAGUAACGGCAGACAUGGCUUACAAUAACGAUGAUAAGAAAUGUUGUGGAUACAGCGGUGGUUUGGCCACUGAGGGCUUUGACUGCAUUGUCAUUCCGGGCUUGAGGAAAGAUACCGCUGACAGCGAACGCAUAGGAGAGUCGGUGUGCGGAAAUAAUGGUGGACUCACUAGUAAUGCUGCUGGGGCUGCCUCGGUCACCAUUUGUUCCAAACGCCAACCUUUCAAUGUGCGUUUCCUCAGCGACAGUUUCGAAUCUGCGGACGAACUGGGCAUCUUGGGAUUCCGUCUAGUUUACACCCAGAACUCGAAUGGAUGCUAACUAAACCAGAUCCAGGAUUUUGUUUCUGUCUCUUCCAUUCCUAGACGAUAUGAUACCAACUAUGAUUAUAAUAAUCCCUUGAACUUGAUUUAAUCACAUGCUGCAAACAAUAUUACCGUGUUAUGUUUUGAAUUAUAUUAGCCAAAAUGAACC